CAGGUGAGCCCUCGCUUUCUCCACGCCUGGUACCCUGGCCCAGCUCAGCCAGGAUGCCCACGAGGCGCUGGGCCCCAGGCACCCAAUGUAUCACCAAGUGUGAGCACACGCGCCCAAAGCCUGGAGAGCUGGCCUUCCACAAGGGCGAUGUGGUCACCAUCCUGGAGGCUUGUGAGAGCAAGAGCUGGUACCGAGCCAAGCACCACACCAGUGGGCAAGAGGGGCUCCUGGCGGCUGGUGCACUGCGGGAGCGUGAGGCCCUCUCAGCUGAUCCCAAGCUCAGCCUCAUGCCGUGGUUCCAUGGGAAGAUCUCGGGUCAGGAGGCGGUACAGCUGCUGCAGCCACCCGAGGACGGGCUGUUCUUGGUGCGUGAGUCAGUGCGGCAUCCCGGGGACUACGUGCUGUGCGUGAGCUUUCACCAGGAUGUCAUCCACUACCGUGUUCUGCACCGUGAUGGCCACCUGACCAUAGACGAGACCAUCUGCUUUUGCAACCUCAUGGAUAUGGUGGAGCAUUACAGCAAGGACAAGGGGGCCAUCUGCACGAAACUUGUGACACCCAAGAGAAAGCAAGGAGCCAAAUCGGCAGAGGAGGAGCUGGCCAAGGCUGGCUGGUUACUGAACCUACAGCAUUUGACUUUGGGAGCGCAGAUCGGAGAGGGGGAGUUUGGAGCGGUCCUGCAGGGUGAGUACCUGGGCCAGAAGGUGGCUGUGAAGAACAUCAAGUGUGAUGUGACAGCCCAGGCCUUUCUGGAUGAGACAGCAGUCAUGACGAAGAUGCAGCAUAAGAACCUGGUGCGUCUGCUGGGUGUGAUUCUGCACCAGGGACUCUACAUCGUCAUGGAACAUGUGAGCAAGGGCAACCUGGUGAACUUUCUACGAACUCGGGGCCGGGCCCUUGUGAACACCCUCCAGCUCCUGCAGUUUUCCCUGCAUGUGGCUGAGGGCAUGGAAUACCUGGAGAGCAAGAAGCUGGUGCAUCGAGACCUUGCCGCCCGCAACAUCCUCAUUUCUGAGGACCUGGUGGCCAAGGUCAGUGAUUUUGGCCUAGCCAAAGCCGAGCGGAAGGGGCUGGACUCUAGCCGACUGCCUGUCAAGUGGACAGCUCCUGAGGCACUCAAACAUGGGAAAUUCUCCAGCAAGUCCGAUGUCUGGAGUUUCGGGGUGCUGCUGUGGGAGGUCUUCUCAUAUGGCCGGGCUCCGUACCCCAAGAUGUCGCUGAAGGAAGUGACAGAGGCUGUGGAGAAGGGGUACCGCAUGGAGCCCCCUGAGGGCUGCCCAGGCCCUGUCCACACACUCAUGAACAGCUGCUGGGAGGCGGAGCCUGCCCGCCGGCCACCCUUUCGAAAACUGGCAGAGAAGCUGGCCCGGGAGCUGCGGAGCGCGGGUGCCACUGGCCAAGUUGAAGGGCAGGACACUGAUGGCUCUACCUUGCCCCGUGGCCAAGAGCCUUGA